AUGAGUCAAUUGCAGGUUCUCGAUCAACAAACAGAUGAAUUUCGAAAGGUUGCUAAUUCUUUUACUGAUGAUUAUUAUCAAAUUAUUCCUAUUGAACGAAUUGAAAAUGAAACAUGGCGUAUAAUAUAUGAAGAAGAAAAGAAAACAAUUGAUAAAUGCCAUUGUUCCAAUCAAACUGAUUGCGUUCUCUUUUAUGGUUGUCUACGAACAACUUCUGAAGCAAUUUUACAACGAGGAUUCGACAAUAGAAUCGUCGGUAUAACGGAUUUUACUUCUUAA